GUUUAAUAACUCGCACCCUUUGGUGUCCAUAACCAGUCAUGUUAAGAAAAAGUUCCCGCUUGGAGUCGUCGGGCUACUACACCAGCAACGGGCAACCCGUCAUCUCGUACAAGGAGACGCCAUACAGGAAGCUCUGGACUCGCUGCCGGACUCCCCGCCCUCCUCGCAGAGUGGCCUUGGACAACGUGAAGUACGAGAUUCCGCUCUCGGCGGGCCCUGCGAGAACAAACAGAGGCGUCUCCAGAAUCGAUAGCAUGCUGCGAUUUGCACGCAAACACUUGAUCACCAUUUUGAUCUCGCUCUUGUGGCUCUUGUGCGAGUCCUCCGUUCGCCAGAUGACAGGCUUCCUCGCACCCUCAUAUUUGUUCUCUGGACACAGCAACGAGCUGUCAGAAGAAGCAUUUGGAAGGUGCAACGACCUGAUGGCGCGUAUGAAAGCGUGGGAGCAGCAGAAGGACAUCAGGGCGCCGCUGUGGGCCAGCGUUCCAAACUUCGCACUCAAGUCAGCAGGAGCCGCCGUCGUGUGCGCCGCCACAUCCAAGUCCUACAAGGCCAAAACUGGAACCUUGUCCGUGUUCGGCUUUCAGAUGAGGUUCUCUCAGGCGGUGGCGCCAAGUGUGGUCAUUGAGGGGAAGUCGGAGCUGAUCCCGGGUCAUUGCUGGGCCUUCUCAGGUCAUGAGGGGAAUCUGACGAUUAUGCUGUCUCACCCGGCUGUGGUGCAUCAUGUGACACUGGGUCACGUCUCGAAGAGAAUCUCCCCCACCGGCUCCAUCCCACAUGCCCCCAAUGUCUUCUCAGUCUAUGGUAUGGAGACGCCGGACGCGACAGGAAUCAAACUCGGAACCUUUCAAUACGACCAAGACGGACCCAUGCUCCAGAACUUCAACAUACCUGAGGAGUUCCACAACAUCAGCAAGUACUUGACACUCAGCAUCCAUAGCAAUUGGGGCGAUCCCACAUACACCUGCCUGUACAGCCUCAUGGUGCACGGGAGGCUGGCGUCCUGAGGCGAAAAACUGCAGCACACCCGAUGCACACCCACACACGCGGCUAGUGACUAGCGCGGCACCAUAACACUACCUCAACAUGACGUCCAUCAUUAGGAGGCUGACCUUCUAGAAGGACGCGUGGUCGACCCAAACGCUUCCACACUUUUUCCUCAACGCCGUUUGCACUUUAAAGGCUCGGAGACUUACUAUCAUGAUAUUUUUAUUUAUCAUGCAUCGUUCAGGUUGCAAGCAAUGCUGCACUUUAUGGAGAACAUGUGCAAUACUAUGUAUUUUUUUAUGUUGGUUAUAUUAUUCAGUGUUAUUUUGGCACAACGCAGGGCUGCUACUUUGCUCAUGAUGAUAUUAUAUAAUAUAUAAUAAAGGCAGUCAGUUGUGUUUGUUGGUGGAGAAUGAAUGGUAUUAUAUAGAAAAUAUUUUUACAUAAGAUAUAAUUAAGGCAAUCGAGUUGUGAUUCCUGCUGAA